UAAUGUUAUUAGAUUAAUAUUUUCAUGAUUAUUUUCUAUAAUCUUAUCUACCAGGAUAUAUAACAUGUUGAACAUUAUAGGCCAUUAAGAACUAAGAAGACACCCAAAAAAAACACCAAAAAAGAAUUAUAGGUCAUUAAGGAAGAUGGAGAGUGAAGAAGCAAAAGGCACAAUAGUGAAGAAGAUCAAUAAUAGUGAUGAUAGGAUGAGUGCACUGAAGGCAUUUGAUGACACAAAAGGCGGUGUUAAGGGUCUUGUUGAUGGAGGUGUUACAAAGAUUCCAACUAUGUUUCAUCAUCCACUUGAUAAAUUCCCAAAUUCCUCCAACACAGAGCACAACCUGAUUCCUGUCAUAGAUCUUGAAGAUGUUACCAAAGAUCCAAUCACACGCCAACAAGUUGUUUCAAGAAUCAGGGAAGCAUCUGAGACAUGGGGUUUCUUCCAAGUGGUAAAUCAUGGCAUCCCUGGGAGUGUUCUUGAGGAGAUGAAAGAGGGAAUUAAAAGGUUCUUUGAACAAGAUGUUGAGGUUAAGAAAGAGGUAUAUAGCCGUGAUAAUACGAAGCCAUUUGUUUAUAAUAGUAAUUUUGAUCUUUAUAGUUCAUCAGCACUCAAUUGGAGAGAUACUUUUGGAUGCCAAAUAGUUCCUCUGAUUGGCAAACCUCAAGACUUGCCAGAAGUAUGCAGGGAUAUACUUUUAGAGUAUGGGAAUAAUGUUAUGAAAUUAGGAAUCACACUCUUUGAAUUACUCUCAGAAUCUCUAAAUCUGCAUUCAAAUUAUUUAAGAGAUAUGGAAUUGGGUUGUACUGAUCAAAUUAGUUGUGCCGGCCAUUACUAUCCCCCUUGCCCUGAGCCAGAACUCACUAUGGGAACCACCAAACAUUCUGAUGGCGCUUUUCUUACUGUGCUUCUCCAAGACCAUAUUGGUGGCCUCCAAAUUCUUCAUAACGACAAAUGGGUUGAUGUACACCCUGUGCCUGAAACUUUAGUGGUUAAUAUUGGUGAUCUUCUACAGCUACUAACGAAUGACAGAUUUAAAAGUGUUCAACAUAGAGUGUUGGCAAAUAAAAAUGAUUCCAGAGUAUCUGUUGCAUCUUUUUUUGGCUAUAACAGUCUCGCUUCAUCAACAAAGCUCGUCAGUCCGAUAAAAGAAUUAUUAUCUGAAGACAAUCCUCCGAAAUUUAAAGAAACCACAAUUGCAGAGUAUGUAGCCUACUUUAGAGCCAAAGGCCUUGGAAACAAUCCUCUUCAAGACUUUAGGAUUUAAGUUGAGAAUUUCUGAAUAGAGGUGCCUUGGUUUGGUUAGCACUUAGCAAUAUAAUUGAAACUGAAUAAACUAGAUAUAUAUGUUGGAAGUAUUGAUAAUAUUUAAAAAGCAAAAAAUUGUAUAAAUAUGAAUCCUAGUUCUUGGUCUACAGAUUUAUGGGCAUCUCACAACCACAUCUAUUCUAUUAGAGGUAUAGUUUUUAGUUGAAAA